AUGAGAUACCCGCUUUGUCUACUAGCGCUACUUAUAUCGUUGAUCUGCUCGCUUCUUCCCGUUUCUGCCGGAGUGGUUUCCAAAGAGCCGACGCUGGACGAGGGACGGCUGCUGCUCAAUGACGUGAAGAACAAGAACAUUCUUCCAUUAGACUUGCGGUCGCUUCAGGACUGGAAGCUCACCGACUUGCUUCUAGUGAGCGACAUUGAUGGCAACUUGCAUGCGGUCGAGAGAAACACCGGUGCUUCUCUUUGGACGCUUCCUCUCGACGAGCCCUUGGUUCGUGUGUCGAGAAACAGAUUUCCUCGUAAGGAUCCUGAAAACGACACCAAUCUUCUAUGGCUAGUGGAGCCGUACCAGGACGGGUCCUUGUACUACUUCACGCCUCAAUUCGGCCUAAACAAGUUACCCACUACAAUAAAAAACCUCGUCAUGGAGGCUCCGUUUUCCUUGAGCGGUGAUAACAAAAUCUACACUGGCGUUAGGAAGACGUCGUUAUACACUAUAAAUAUGAGAACUGGCGAGGUUCUAAAUCAGUUUGGCUCUGCCGACGAGAGCUGUCCGGCGCCAAACUUAUACAAGUCUCCGAACUUCAGCCCAGACCUGCAAGAAAACACCAUCAUGCUUGGUAAGACGACGUACGAGCUCCUGGUGCACUACAAGUACGACUCCAGCGUCGUGUGGAAUAUCACCUACUCGUCGUGGGGUCCCAAUAACAUAGACAAUGAUUUGAUUAUGCAAAACGGUCAAUCCAUUGACGACCUCUACUUUACCCCUUUCCAUGACAAAUCGCUCUUAGCCAUCAACAAGGGCACCGGCACGCCUCAGUGGAUUUGCAGACUACCGUCCUUGGCCGUCAAUGUCUUUGAUGUCUUCAACAAUGAGGAUAACCCAAACCAAUAUGUCACCCUUCCUCAUCCCUUGAAGGUUCUCAACGACCUCCAGCAUCUUGACGAUGCCCAAAGGGAAACGCCAAACAACGACCUUUGCUUCGUGAACAGAACAGCAAACGGGAAGGAGUGGUUUGCCAUGAGUUUCAAGAAUUAUCCAACUCUCUUAAAAUCAGCCCCUAUAGCGCAGUAUCAAAUGGCCUUGUACCAAUUUGCAACGUCAACAUUAGAUCGCCAGACUCAGGAUUUUCUCUCGAGACUCAAUGUCAGUCGAGAAGAUGUCGAGCCAUUCAUCAAUGGCGUUCACAAGAUCAAUCAUCUUACGCCAGAUUCCAUGUAUCAACCGCAUGUUCAAUUUCGUAAGGAAGAGUACCUAGGGAUAGGUGACGGCUCUGAACUGUCCGGGCAUCUGGAGAACGAGCUGAAACAGGUUCCACACAUGAUUGAUGGUAUUCUUUUCCCAUACACAAGUGACGAGCACGGUCUGGCUUUGGCUACCAUCGACGAAAUGCGCAAGGAGGUCAUUGCAAAUGACAGAAAUUAUCCCACCGGGCUUCCAGCAAGGCAUAGCGACAUGGGAUUUCCUUCAGAUUCGAAUCACAGACUAUCGAUCUUCAGAAGGAUUGCUGAAGAUAUAAUUGUCCUCGCGGUAUUACUUCUAGUGCUAUUCUCUGCUGGUAAGCUUAACGGCUUCUUGCAGUUCACCAAGGGAAGAGAGUAUGACUUGGCUGCAAAGACCGGCGAUGUGGAACUCAAGUUACAUCCCACCAAAAGUACUCGUGCUCCUGUUAUCACGGAGACAGAAGAAAGGAGUGUCGAAGAGAAGCCUCUUCCUAGUAUACCGAAGGAGCUGACUGAAGGCGCCAAGGACAAAGUCGUGACUGCCGAGCUCGAUGAUGAUGAGAAGGUAAAGGCUGUAUUCGAAGACUCGAAGAAAAAGGUUCGAAUAGUAAGCGAAGAGCAACACAAAGAUGAUGCUGGGGCCCCCACACCGGAAGUAAUAAAUGGUCAGGAACCAGAACCUGGUAUUGUCACGAAGAAGAAGAGGAAGAGGGGAAGUCGUGGUGGUAAGCGUGGAGGCAAAGGUAAGAAGACUACUGAAAGCAAAGAAGAUGAUGAUCCAAAGGAUGAAGCAUCCGAAAACACUCAUCAAGCAAGUGAUGAUUCCAGUAUUGAUGACACAGAAGCCAUUGCAACUAAGUCAUUAGUGAAGCAAUUCACAAAAAAGGCGAAUCUGAACAGGAAGUUGCAAAUAGAUAACAAUCUUAUCAUUUCUGAUAAAAUCUUGGGAUAUGGCUCCCAUGGUACAGUUGUCUAUGAAGGUACUUUCGAGAACCGGCCGGUUGCUGUGAAGCGAAUGUUGCUAGACUUUUAUGACAUUGCCAAUCACGAAGUUCGUCUACUUCAGGAAAGCGACGAUCAUCCAAAUGUUGUGCGGUACUUCUGCUCGCAAUCAAGUGAGUCGGAGAAAUUUCUUUACAUAGCGCUUGAACUAUGCGUUUGCUCUCUCGAGGAUCUUGUUGAGAAACCGAAAGUGGAUGAUAGAGCUUUGAGAUUGGAUCACCAUUCCAAAAAUGAAGUCUUGUUGCAGCUUGUAAGUGGCCUUCAUUACUUGCAUUCGCUUAAGAUUGUUCACCGUGAUUUAAAACCACAAAACAUUUUGGUCGGGGACUCGACCAAGAAGAAGAAAUCCAAGUUGUCAUCAGAGUUCAGGUUACUUAUCUCAGAUUUCGGUUUAUGUAAAAAGCUUGACGCUGACCAAUCAUCUUUCAGAGCAACAACGCAACAUGCUGCUUCUGGUACGUCUGGCUGGAGAGCCCCUGAACUCCUCUUGCAUCAUGACUUGAUGGAGAUUUCGCCAGAUACUGUUUCCUCGCUCAACUCCACUUCGAAGCACUCCAUAAAGGACGGGCUUAGUAAUGGCGGCAGUGGGAAGAGGCUCACCAAAGCCAUUGAUAUCUUUUCACUAGGAUGCGUUUUUUAUUACAUCCUUACGGGUGGAGGGCAUCCAUUUGGUGAUCGCUAUUUGCGAGAAGGUAAUAUUGUUAGAGGGGAGUACGAUCUUUCGGCACUCAAACAGCACUGCCCUUAUGAUUGGGUCGAGGCCACGCACUUGAUUGCAUCUAUGAUAUCGUUCAAUCCUAAGACCAGGCCAGAUACAGCUGCAAUCAUGAAACACCCGUACUUUUGGAACUACAACAAAAAAUUGGAAUUUCUUCUCAAAGUCAGCGACAGGUUUGAGAUAGAGAAGAGAGAUCCACCAAGCCCGCUUCUCCUCAGCUUAGAGAGCACGGGGCAUGUUGUUCAUCAAGGCGACUGGCUCGCUAAGUUUGAUCAACAGUUCAUUGAUAAUUUGGGCAAAUAUAGAAAGUACAACACAGACAAAGUGAUGGACCUUUUGAGAGCAUUGCGCAACAAAUAUCAUCAUUUCAAUGAUAUGCCCCCUGAUCUUCAAGUGCAAUUAAGCCCGCUUCCAAUUGGGUUCUAUACCUAUUUCAAUAGGAAGUUCCCGAAACUACUCAUGGAAACGUACAAAGUUGUUGACGAAGAGGGCAUCAAAGAUGAGCAUGUCUUCGAAAGUUUCUACUCGGGAACCCAGGAAUAA